AUGCGACCGCUCUGCUCCCCACGCUCCGCUCGCUGGUCCGGCCGUGCCCGGGUGACCCGCCGUCACGUGACGGCUCCAGAGGCGGAAGCGCUCCGCAGCCGAGCCGGGAAUCCCCAGUCAGAGCCGGCGGGGCCCCGGAGGUCGCAGUCGCCGCGUCGCUCCGCAGGUCCUGAUGACCAGAUGGCCUCCGAGGGGCUUGCUGGGGAGAAAUCUCCGCUGACUGUGAAAGUUGUUUCAGCAAAGCCCAAGGCCCAGGGCCGCCAGUCUCGGAUCACCUCCUUUGUGGAGGUAGUAGUAGAUGGACUCGCCAAUGAGGCCAAGAAAACAGGGAAGCAGACCGGGAGCUCCGAACUGCUCUGGAAUGAGAGCCUGGUGCUGAAUGUCACUUCUCAAAGCCACCUGGAUCUGAAGCUCUGGAGCUGUCACACCCUGCGCAAUGAGCUGCUUGGAGUGGCGUCCGUCAACCUCUCCAGCAUGCCGAAGCAGAGCAAGGGGAAAGUGGAGAACAAGCCGAUGACCUUGAACCUGCAGGCAGAGAACAAAGGCGGCCUCCUCUCGGGUGGUGAGCUGACGGUCUUCCUGGAUGGGCCUGGCAUUGAGGCGGGCAGCCUGCCUAAUGGCCCUGUGGCAGCAGGCGAAGGGCCCCAGGGAGCCGGGAGGGAGCCUGGGGGCCCAGCUGCUUCUCCAGAGAACAGGCCCCAGGCCUCCAGCACAAACUGCCUCGGCGGUUGGUCCAGGUGGGAGCAGCGGGAGCUGCCUAACGGGAGGGUCUACUAUGUGGACCACAACACCAAGAGCACCACCUGGGAGCGCCCCCUUCCACCAGGCUGGGAGAAACGUGUGGACCCCCGUGGCAGGUACUACUUUGUGGACCACAACACACGUACCACCACUUGGCAGCGCCCCACAGCUGAGUACGUGCGCACCUACGAGCAGUGGCAGAGCCAGCGCAACCAGCUCCAAGGCGCCAUGCAGCAGUUCAGCCAGAGGUUCCUCUACCAGUCCUCCGGCACGGCCGCUGACAAUGACCCCUUGGGUCCACUUCCUUCUGGCUGGGAGAAGCGGCAGGACAACGGGCGAGUGUACUAUGUGAACCACAACACCCGCACCACACAAUGGGAAGACCCUCGCACUCAGGGGAUGAUCCAGGAGCCGGCACUGCCCCCCGGCUGGGAGAUGAAGUACACGAGCGAGCGGGUACGAUACUUUGUGGAUCACAACACCCGCACCACCACCUUCAAAGACCCCCGCCCUGGAUUUGAGUCUGGGAGCAAGCAGGGGGGCUCCCCGGGCGCUUACGACCGGAGCUUCCGCUGGAAGUUUCACCAGUUCCGCUUCCUUUGCCAUUCCAAUGCCCUCCCCAGCCACGUCAAGAUCAGCGUCUCGCGGCAGACGCUCUUUGAGGAUUCUUUCCAGCAGAUCAUGAACAUGAAGCCCUACGACCUGCGGCGCCGGCUGUACAUCAUCAUGCGUGGGGAAGAAGGACUGGACUAUGGAGGCAUUGCCCGCGAGUGGUUCUUCCUCCUGUCCCACGAGGUGCUGAACCCCAUGUACUGCCUCUUCGAGUAUGCUGCCAAGAACAACUACUGCCUGCAGAUCAACCCUGCCUCCUCCAUCAACCCUGACCACCUCACCUACUUCCGUUUCAUUGGCCGCUUCAUCGCCAUGGCACUCUACCAUGGCAAGUUCAUUGACACGGGCUUCACCCUGCCCUUCUACAAGCGGAUGCUGAACAAGCGCCCCACCCUCAAGGAUCUGGAGUCCAUCGAUCCCGAAUUCUACAACUCCAUCCUCUGGAUCAAGGAGAACAGCCUGGAAGAGUGCGCCCUGGAGCUCUACUUCAUGCAGGACAUGGAAGUCCUUGGCAAGGUGACCACCCACGAGCUGAAGGAGGGCGGGGAGGAGCUCCGGGUCACUGAGGAGAACAAGGAAGAGUACAUCAUGCUGCUGACUGACUGGCGGUUCACACGGGGUGUUGAGGAGCAGACCAAGGCCUUCCUGGACGGCUUCAACGAAGUGGCCCCUCUGGAGUGGCUGCGCUACUUUGACGAGAAGGAACUGGAGCUGAUGCUGUGUGGCAUGCAGGAAAUUGACAUGAGCGACUGGCAGAAGAACACCAUCUACAGGCAUUACACCAAGAGCAGCAAGCAGAUCCAGUGGUUCUGGCAGGUGGUCAAGGAGAUGGAUAACGAGAAGAGAAUCCGGCUUCUCCAGUUUGUGACAGGGACAUGCCGCCUGCCCGUCGGAGGAUUCACAGAACUCAUUGGCAGCAACGGACCCCAGAAGUUCUGCAUUGACAAAGUUGGCAAGGAGACCUGGCUGCCCCGCAGCCACACGUGCUUCAACCGCCUGGAUCUGCCUCCCUACAAGAGUUACGAGCAGCUGAAGGAGAAGCUGCUUUACGCCAUCGAGGAGACCGAAGGAUUCGGGCAGGAGUGAGGGGUGUCUGGAAGGAGCCUGAGAAGAGCCAUCCUGCCUGCCAGGAAGGACAGAAUC